AUGUGGCUAGUGAAGUGCCAUGGACAAAUAAAGGGUCCAGAGGUGUUCGGGGAGGCCGGGGCCGAGGCAUCGGCCGUGCAUACGGUAGGGCUGCACUGCCACAUGGGAUUUGCGAUGGACCCUGCAUUUGAACCCUUCUCCACCGAUCCUGCCCGGUGCUGCGAUGCGAUGCCACGUUGGCUCCAGGCCUGCUAUGCGAGCCCACACACGGCUUGCAGCACAUUGCAGAUGCGACUGUUCAGCGUACACGGCGGUGCAGGCGUCUCAGUGAAGAGUUUUCCCUGUGCAAUGUCGGAUGGACCUGUCUGGUACGGAUGGUGGAAAGUGACACGGCGCGACCGUUGUGACAUGGAACUGCUCCCAGUGCCGCGGAAGUGCAUGCCUUGUCUGCAGGAUAGAUGGUAUGCUGAGCUCAUGUCCUACGAGCAUCUAUGUAGACGAGGCCACAUGCUCCUGGUCCCGGUCCCUGUAGCCUUGCUUGUCCGCGUAGACAAUGGGCUACUAGCCAAAUGGCAUUUAAUGCCAACAUAUCAAAUAGCGGCUCUGAGUCACACGCUCGCUCAUGUGACUGCUGUCGACGCUGGCUCGAGCUGUGGCUGA